AGAAGAUUCCAAACCCCAAUCUUUUACAUUCUUCAAAAGGGACACGAAACGAACCCACUCUUUCAAAUCCCUUUUCAAAACAUUCCGUUAUAAACAAACAGCCCCCUCUUUUCACGCCCCACAAGCCUCACUGUACACUUCUCCUUUCACUCUCUGUUACGCAGCUUCAAAUGACCCAAUUGCCCUUCUUUUCUCCCUUUUAUUACUUUCAGAAUCGUUGCUUUCCUUGCAUUGUUGGCUGGAAUCUCUGAAACCCACAAGAAUUUGAGCAUUCAAUGGAAUUCGAAUCUGGAAUGUGGGCCUUUCAUGAGCAAGAGCUUGUUGGUGUAUCAUUCAGUUUCAUCUCCUCGUUCCCUUUUAAGGCGCUUAUUUGAUUCUCCCUCCUUGUAGUGGAAGUGCUUAUGAGGAAUUCAAUUUCUCUUCUGGGUUUUUUUUGUUUCAGUAGUAUCCAUUCAUUUUUAUCAAUUUUUUUCCCAUGUAGUUUAUUUCAUUUAUUUUUGGUUGCUGAUUGUGUAUUCAGUUUGGUAUGAGAGAUUGAUACGAGGGGGUAGGAGUAGCUUAGAGCUGAAAUUCUUGUCUUAAGUUCUUUAGAGAAUUGAAUUUUAUUUUUGGGUUUUGAAUUUGAAGAGCAUUAGUGGAGUGGAGGAUAUUGCAUUUAAGAGAUUUUUCAUUUUCGAAUUGGAAGUUUCAGUGGGUUAGCUUUUCUGUGUGUGAGCAUGUCUGGUGGUUCGCCUGUUGGAGGUGGAUAUAUGAGGCAGAGGCAUAGCCAAGGCUAUGCCUCUGGUGGUGAUGAUCUCGAGGAUGAUGCAUGCUCAAGGCCACAGCCGUUUACUCCGCCUAGCCCCCGAGUUCGAUCAUGGGUUGAGAUUGUGGAGAAUGUGCUUUGGAUUGCUUCUGCAAUUUUCAUCGUUUACUUUGGUGAUAGACACUCCAAUUUAAUUUGUCUCCUGUGGCAUGAUGAACGAAUAAGAAGAUUGCCCUUAUAUCUUGGGAUGAUAGGCGCUGGGCUGAAUGUUGUCAUAUUCUUAUAUACAAGUAUGUUUGCGUGGAGUGUCAGGAGGUUUGAUGAAAAAUGGGAGCUAUCAAGUAUAUCUGCUUUGCCAUUUGUUACCCUAUUGGGACUUGUCUCUUUUUGCUUGUUUGCCUUUGCUUUAUGGCCGAUAUGGAGUUUCUUGACCCUUCCUCUUCUGGCAGCAAAACGAUACAUUCCGUAUAGAUUAAGAAGUUCCAAGCAAUGGGCUACUGACUUAGAUGAAGAUUUUCUAACUGGAAUACGCUGUUGAUGCAUAUGACGGCAUUGGGUAUGUAUCAUGCAAUUCUUCACCUCUGUUGCCAUCCUGAUGCUAACAGCAACAGCUGAUUGCUGUUCAAUCGGUCAGUAUUCAUACCUCGGGCAUUUCCCAACUUGCUGCGCCUUUUAUGCCCCUCGGAUUGUAUCAUUGUGAUAACAAGAACUAACAAUCAUUUAUCAAUCAGAUUCACUUGAGGUGUCAAUAGUUGCGGAUACAUUGAGUAGUCUCCCUUGGUGUGCCAAAUUUUUUGUCAUCCAAUGUUAGCCUUGGUCUGGAAACCUGUUCAUCUUUGGUUUAAGGUGGUGUUGUGUGAGUUUAUAGUGGCAAGGUUGAAUGUUAAUACCAUUUUAGACUGUUAGAAUCAUAUGUAGCUUCUAGUUUCACUUUGGCUUGUUACAGGGUUGGGAUUAAAUGCUUUUGUAUAUGUUUUCAUCCUCCUUUAAACUCAUUUCUUUAAACCAAACAUGCUUAUAUCCUACAUGAUUGAGAUUGGGCUUAAAAGAAUGCUUUCUGAAGAAGCAGUCGUUUAUGUAAUGUUAGAAAAAGCUGAGACAGCAAUUUGUUUAUUCGGAAACUCGUUAUGACUCCAGCAAUUCCAAAACCAUACAUUAUUUUAUGUCA